UUGGCUCGCAGUCACAUAAACCUACUUGCCACCGCUCUGCUUUUAUCUGACUCAACUCCGACCAGAAAUAAAUAUGAUCUGGCUUUGCAUCACUUCGCUGUUGUCUUUUACUCAAGUCACCUCUGAUCAAACUAUUGACACGAGCCGCAUCAGAGUUUUCCCAGGAGAAAACCAAAGUAUUGCUGGAGUGUUCCAGGUUAGUAAGGUAAAUGACCUCAACCAGCCUCAGUACUCCUUCAACGCCUCUGAAGCUCGCUGGCUGUGCUCGUCACUCGGAGUGACAAUUGCCUCAAAAGCUCAACUACAGGAAGCUCUCACUAGAGGAUUAGAAACGUGCAGGUACGGAUGGAUCGAUGAACAUUAUGCUGUCAUUCCUCGCAUCAAGGCCCUUUCUAAUUGUGGCCAAAAUCAGAAAGGCUUGGUGGCAUGGCGAGCAGUUGUUACAAAAAAAUUUGACGUGUUUUGCUUCAAUGAAUCAGAUGCUGCAACACAAUUGAAGGAUGCACCAACUGAUAGCCCUUUGAACAGGAGCGAUUACUCAGGACAAUCUCAGUUUCCUUCUGAAACAGCAAAUCCCACAUGGAGCCCACGAUCUACAUUGUCUACCCGCUUGACUCCAAAAACCAUACACAGUGAGGCACAACCAGUAGGAGUAAUGGCUAUACUCUUAACCCUGACCUUCGCCCUUCUGUUUACUGCAAUAAUCAUCCUUGCAUACAGGAAAAUGAGGAGGAGUUGUGUUAUGAGCUCUGACAUGAAGCAGCAGCAGGAAGACAUCCAGACAGAAGACUGGACAUGCGUGAAGAAUACCAAGGAAACCAAGACAGCGGCUCAGGAAGAUGAGAAGAUACAAGUGGAAGACAAUGCAAGUUAAACUACUUUGAUCCACCCCACCCCCCCAUGGACAACUACUCAAUAAUAUUAUUUUUAGAGACAAACGUGCCGAUUGUAUUGUUGGAAAUAAAAUGCCAUGAAGAGCUUUUACUUUUUUUAAUGGUAUCUGAUGUUGUCACAUGGGGCAGUUUAGCCACUAGAGGGCCAUGUUUGCUUUACAUUGCGCAUUAAUAAAACUGAGGACCUUUCAUGCUUUUAACACG